GAUCAACUGACCUGUAGAGUCCGGUGAUCAUGUGACAGAAUGGAGGCGUCGCUGUUCAGCCGCUCAGCACAUAAACACACCACCAGGAAACCUAUUUCACAAUAAACGGAUUUAAGGAGACAACCCAUUACGAUCAUCUCAGUGGGAAACCAUUAUUUCCUCACAUCGCAAUGAAAUGAGGGGAGCAUGGGGGCCAAAGAGUCGAGGAUAGGAUUCCUGUCGUAUGACGAGGCCGUCAAGAGAGUCACGGAUGUGGAAUUGAAGCGUCUGAAAGAUGCCUUCAAGAGAACCAGCGGCAUCACCUAUUACAUGACCCAGCAGUGCUUCUACAGGGAAGUGCUGGGAGAUGGAGUUCCCCUUAAAGUUGCAGAGGUGAUCUACAGCUCGUUUGGAGGCUCGUCCAAAGGGCUUCAUUUCAACAAUCUGAUCGUGGGUCUGGUGCUCCUGACUCGAGGACGCGAUGAGGAGAAAGCAAAGUACCUCUUCAGCCUGUUUGCCAGUGAUCUGGGUGGAUAUGCUGCCAGGGAAGACAUUGAAGGCGUUCUGCAGGUUCUGGAUGGAGAAGUCCCAACAUCCCUCAAGAAGUGCUUCAGUGAGGGCGACAAAGUGAACUAUGAGCGCUUCAAGAGCUGGCUCCUACAGAACAAGGAGGCGUUCACUUUGUCCAGAUGGCUUCUGUCUGGAGGAGUGUGUGUCACGCUCACCGACGACAGCGACACACCAACUUUCUACCAGACCCUCGCUGGUGUCACACACUUGGAGGAGUCCGACAUUAUAGACUUGGAGAAGCGCUACUGGCUGCUGAAAGCUCAGUCCAGAACCGGACGCUUUGACUUGGAAACCUUUGUCCCGCUGGUCUCUCCUCCUAUCCACGCCUCCCUGAGUGAAGGCUUGUUUCACGCCUUUGACGAGAACCGGGACAAUCACAUCGACUUUAAAGAGAUCUCUUGUGGACUGUCUGCAUGCUGCAGGGGGCCGGUGGCUGAAAGGCAGAAAUUUUGCUUCAAAGUGUUUGAUGUUGACCGUGACGGGGUUCUGAGUCGAGAUGAGCUGCACGAAAUGGUCGUGGCCUUGCUGGAGGUGUGGAAGGACAAUCGCACAGACACACUGCCUGAGCUGCACAGUAGCGUGUCCGACAUCGUUGAGGGCAUCCUGAAGAUGCACGACACAACCAAGUUGGGUCAUCUGACUCUGGAGGAUUAUCAGAUCUGGAGUGUGAAGAGCGCUUUGGCCAAUGAGUUCCUAAACCUGCUCUUCCAGGUCUGCCACAUUGUCCUGGGGCUUCGGCCUGGUACUCCUGAGGAGGAGGGACAAAUCAUCAGGGGUUGGCUAGAGAGGGAGAGCAGACAUGGGCUGCAGCAGGGUCAGAACUGGUUCCUCAUCUCCAUGCUGUGGUGGCAGCAGUGGAAGGACUACGUUCAAUAUGGCAGUCCCUGCGUUUCUCUUCCUGUGCAGGAGCAUAAGGGCAUCGUGGUGGAGCAGCCGUCCAUCCUGGGCUCGCUGCGGACCCCCAUGGCCACAGCCACUGUGGAGCCCAGUCCACCAGACAGACUGGGAGGACUGGGAACCUUCAGCCAGGUCAGCCCCUCUGAGGAGAGGUCACCCGAUGCUGUGUCCAGCGCCUCGGAGGCUACGGAGAGCGCAGCCCUGAGCCCGCAGGUAGUUCCCUCUGCCACCGAGAGUUGUUUCGCCCGACAGCACAACGUGUCAGACAACAACAAUCAGUGUUUUUCUGGAGCUAACGGACACCUCCCCUCCCAGCUGGCAGCACAAAGACCUGGCGCCAUCGACAACCAGUCUCUGGUCAAUACUGACCCCAUGAAGGCCCCCACGUUAACCAUGGAGGGCGGCCGGCUGAAGCGCGCCCUGCAGCUGCCGCAUGGCAGAGACUUUGAGACGGUGCCAGAGCCGGUGUGGCGGGCACUCUACCACUGGUACGGUGCCAACCUCAGCCUGCCAAGACCGGUGAUCCUGGAGAGCAAGACAGGCCAAGCAGAGCUGGAGCUCUUCCCCCGCUUCCUCCUCUUCCUCCGCCAGCAACCGGCCACGCGCUCCCCCCAGUCCAACAUCUGGGUCAAUAUGGGUAUGACCAGUCUGCGAAUGUUCCCCCCGUAUUUACCCGCAGCAAGAGCGGGCAGCGUGCCCUCGCCCAACGCUCCUCUGAAGAGGGUGCUGGCCUACACAGGCUGCUUCAGCCGCAUGGGCACCAUCAAAGACAUCCACCUGUACCUGUCCCAGAGACUCCGCAUCAAAGAGGAGGACAUGAGACUCUGGCUCUACAACAGUGAGAACUACCUCACCCUCCUGGACGAUGAAGAUCACACACUGGAGAGCCUGAAGAUCCACGACGAGCAGCAGCUGGUCAUUGAAGUCAGGAACAAAGACAUGAGCUGGCCUGAAGAAAUGUCCUUCAUUGCAAACAGUAGUAAGAUGGACAGACACAAAGUCCCGACUGAAAAAGGAGCCACUGGCCUCAGUAACCUCGGCAACACGUGCUUCAUGAACUCCAGUAUCCAGUGUGUGAGCAACACCAAGCCCCUCACGGACUACUUCAUCUCUGGGAGACACCUGUACGAGCUCAACAGAACCAACCCCAUUGGGAUGCGGGGUCACAUGGCCAAGUGUUACGGUGACCUCGUGAUGGAGCUGUGGAGCGGGACGCAGAAGAAUGUGGCUCCGCUGAAGCUCAGGUGGACGAUAGCUAAGUACGCCCCGCGCUUUAACGGCUUCCAGCAGCAGGACUCUCAGGAGCUGCUGGCCUUCCUGCUGGACGGUCUCCACGAAGACCUGAACCGGGUGCAUGAGAAACCGUACGUGGAGCUGAAGGACAGCGACGGCAGGCCGGACUGGGAGGUCGCCUCCGAGGCGUGGGAGAACCACCUGCGCAGGAACCGCUCCAUCGUGGUGGAUCUGUUCCACGGUCAGCUCAAGUCGCAGGUGAAGUGUAAGACCUGCGGACACAUCAGCGCUCGCUUCGACCCUUUCAACUUCCUGUCCCUGCCGCUGCCCAUGGACAGCUCCAUGCACCUGGAGAUCACAGUGAUUAAACUGGACGGCUCCACACCUGUGCGAUACGGCCUGAGGCUGAACAUGGACGAGAAGUACACAGGGCUGAAGAAACAGCUGAGUGAACUGUGCAGUCUGAAGCCGGAGCAGAUCCUCCUGGCUGAGGUCCACACCUCCAACAUCAAGAACUUCCCUCAGGACAACCAGAAGGUGCGUCUGUCUGUCAACGGCUUCCUGUGUGCAUUUGAGAUCCCCGUGCCGGGUUCGCCGACGUCUCUGAGCUCACCUACCCUGACAGACAUCACCCCAAUCGCUAACGGUUCAGCUGCUAACGGGAUCCCGGGAAACAAACCUGUCCUCAUCCCCAACGGAGGGCCCAACACGAUGGUCCCCUGCAGCCCGGAGACGCCGCUUGCCAACGGGAUCGCCAACGGACACAUCACACCGGUGCAGGAGAGCCCCUUCAUUGGAUACAUCAUCGCCAUGCACAGGAAGAUGAUGCGCACGGAGCUCUACUUUUUGUCGUCUCAGAAGAACCGGCCCAGUCUGUUCGGCAUGCCGCUCAUCGUCCCCUGCACGGUCCACACCAAUAAGAAGGAUCUUUACGACGCCGUCUGGAUCCAAGUGUCCCGCCUGGCGAGCCCGCUGCCCCCACAGGAAGCCAGCAACCACGCCCAGGAUUGUGAUGACAGUAUGGGCUACCAGUACCCCUUCACCUUACGGGUCGUUGGUAAAGACGGUAACUCGUGUGCCUGGUGUCCCUGGUACAGGUUCUGUCGGGGUUGUACCAUCGAGUGUUGUGAUGACAGAGCGUCUGUAGGAAACGCUUACAUCGCUGUGGACUGGGACCCCACUGCCCUGCACCUCCGCUACCAGACCUCCCAGGAGAGGAUUGUAGAAGAGCACUGCAGUGUGGAGCAGUCCCGCCGCACCCAGGCCGAGCCCAUCAGCCUGGACAGUUGUCUGAAGGCCUUCACCAGCGAGGAGGAGCUGGGCGAAGACGAGCUCUAUUACUGCUCCAAGUGCAAGACACACCGGCUCGCCACCAAGAAGCUGGACCUCUGGAGGCUGCCCCCCAUCCUGAUCGUCCACCUGAAGCGCUUCCAGUUUGUGAACGGCCGCUGGAUCAAGUCCCAGAAGAUCGUAAAGUUCCCGCGGGAGAACUUUGAUCCCAGCGCCUUCCUGGCCCCGAGAGACCUGGAGCAGCGCUGCCUGCACUCUCGCAGCGAGAGCGAGGACCUGCUGCGGGUCGGAGAGGACAACCUGUCCUCCAUCUCUGCCCCUGCUGGCUUCUACAACCUCAACAAAGCAUCUCCUGCCUCGAGCAGGAAGUCGGCGCCUUCUCUCAGCCGGACCAGCAGCCCCUCCUGCAGCCCGAAGACCAGCUCCGGAGGCCGCAGACCAGUCCGGCUCCGCCUGCCCCAGCUCGGCAGCCGACACCGCCUCUCCAACAGCAAGGAGAGCCUGGACGGAGCCGCUAACGCUGAGGGGGACACACGAGACAGCGUGUCACAGGCGGACACAGAGGGCAGCGCAGCGGGGACGGCGGCGAUGGGAGACGGCAUCACGUUAGAAUCGCUGAGCAGCACCGAGGCGUCCAGCAGCCACUGUGAUGUGGUUCUGGUGAACGGGGACAGCAACGGGCUGAGCUCGGACUGCAGCACAGAGAGCAGCGUGGACCCUGACAGCUCACUGCUGCAGCACAGAGACAACAUGUGUCUGGACGCCAUCUACAACCUCUAUGCAAUAUCAUGCCAUUCAGGAAUCAUGGGAGGAGGCCACUAUGUGACAUAUGCCAAAAACCCCAACGAGAAAUGGUACUGUUACAACGACAGCAGCUGUAAGGAGGUUCACUCUGAGGAGAUCGACACCGACUCGGCCUACAUCCUCUUCUAUGAGCAGCAGGGCGUCGAGUACUCCCAGUUCCUGCCAAAGAUCGACGGCAAGAAGAUGGCCGACACCAGUAGCAUGGACGAAGACUUUGAGUCGGACUACAAGAAGUACUGCGUCCUCCAGUGAUCGUCUUCCAUCGCACACACACACACACACACACACACACACACCCCCGCCGCUGUGAGCGGGAACGUUCAGACCAUUCAGAUCACAAACUGCUAACGACAAGAGUCAGACUGAGCUCUUUGUGUUUAGGGACGUGUUGCAGCACUUUCUACACUUGAUCAAAAACAUGGAUUAGUGCAAACAUUUGCCAAGGCCACAAUAAAGCCGUGGUGAAAGCACUCAACAGGUGCACUUUGCUGAGCCCGACGAAACAAACCCCCCCCCCCCCCCCCCCCCCCUCCUCGUCCUCCUCCUCCUCGCCAUAACAUUUAUGUAACAUUUAUCCGCCUAUUAACGCAUCUCUGAAUGUAUGCCAGUGUGGCCAAUUCAUGAAGUCUUCUUCUGCAUCAUCACCUGUGAUGUUAGGGUAAAAAGCAACACCUUCACCUGAAGUUAAGGCGUGACCAGCGUCUGGAUAUCUCACCUGAAGAAGAAGAAGAAGAAGGGCACAGAAAGGAUUCCAGGUGUAAAUUUGAGGCCAAUGAUUGGAUACGGUUUUAAACAGUCAAAUUUGAUGCCAUGAUGAUUACAUUUGGUAUCACAUCUUUUGGAUACUUUGUCGACGUUUUAGAGAAUGCUUCUCCAAAUGUUUUUAUUAGGGGGUAGUGUCACAUAAUUCAUAUACUACCUCAUCGCUUCAUGCAGUGUCAGCCAACUCCUCCCUAAACAUCCGUGACAGUAUUAUCAAUCACUGAAAUGUUUCCUUCCUCUGUAGGAGCCAGGAGGCACACGUCUCCUGUCACUUCCCUCUCACAUGCCCUGAUGUGAAAACGAGGAGUGUGUUUGAUCCCACAGCUGCCAAAUAUCAGUGCUACUUAGUGACAUUUUUUUAGCCUACAUUACCCAUAAUUCUCCUGUAAACUCAGAACGCUGUAGUGUCACUCUGGGUUUGUCGAGGACAGGUGCCAUGAUUUUCCAAAGUGAGACGCUAAGAGAACAUUAUACAGUAUAUGUUUUUUGUUUUUGCAUCCUACAUUUUUUUUAUGAAUGAUUAAUUUUAUUGAAUUUCA